AUGGCAUUCCACAACUUUGGCGCCUUGCCGCUCGAAAUCAGACAAAGCAUCUGGCUCUUCAGUCUUCCCAUGCCCGAGCCCGAGGUGUGUCUCAUGUGGCCAGUUAACCUCUACCAAAGAUACGAGGGGCCAGAAAGUACCAUGCCGAGCGAGCCAUACGUCGUCGACACGGCUUUCCCAGUCCUGAUGCACGUGUGUCGCGAGUCUCGUGCCAUGGUGCAGAACUCGACGCUGAGCGGCGUCUUAUUCCGGUCCUCUACUCUUGCAGGGUGCGCCGUGCCGUUUCGAUACUUUGACCCAGAGCUCGAUACCAUGUACUGGGGGAGUGAAAAUAUCAUUGAGCUGGCCCGGAAUUCCAUGGCCCUCCCCGACGUCUUCGCAAUCACCUCCCUCGCCAUAGAGGUCCAAUGGGGGUUCCGCCUAAAUCUCAACCUCAUAGACACAUUGAUGGACACAAUGUCCGAUCUGCAGACUCUGUCGCUCGUGCUGCCCGAUUCCACGGACAACAAUCGACCCCGCGUGUCCUUGUUCGGUCACGAGGCCUUCAAACAGCCCUCCCGACGCUGCAAGCUACGGACUAUUGACUCGCAGAAACAACCCAUUAUCCACAUCGAGACCAGCGGUGACCGUAUCGUGGCCAACGAUGACCUGGUCCCGCUGCCGCUUGCGCUACAGCAGUGUCGAGAAGCGCUAGAACGCGGCGCCGCCGCCCUUCUCGCAGAAAGUGCUGCCAUCUCCGGUAUCGUGCGAGAGGGUCCGGACACGAGGAGGUGGUUUAACCACCUGAGAAUUCAGGCGCAGACUUUUAUCGAGUACCAACCUGACGGCACGUGGAAGGAGAUCUGCGGCGAAAGAAGGUUCGUCGAUCAGGGGAGGACCUAUAUGCUUGGACCCUACAUUCCUGUUGCUGAGCGACCAAACCCAGAAUUGGUCCGAGUUAAUGACUUGGAUGGUGCACUGAAGAAGGUCUACAUGGGUGACUGA